UUCUGAAUUUUAGGUUCCAUAAGAAAAAAACAACAACUUAUUUCUACCUGUGUCUUGAUAUUGUGGUGAAUAAUGUUUCUUUUUAUACACUCUGUAUAUUCAUCAUUCCCAGCAUGCACUUCCAACUUCCUCCACUCCCUUUCCUCAUCCUCCUGGUUGCCAAGGUAGCCGUGAUAUGCAGUGCCGUGUCAACCACCCUCCAUGGCUUCCGAGGCUGUGCAGUGCGGGAGUUCUCCUUUGUGGCCCAGAAACCUGGCUGCAAGGGGCUACGCAUCACAACAGAGGCCUGUUGGGGGCGCUGCCACACUUGGGAGAAACCAGUGCCGGAACCUCCUUACAUCCAGAGGCAUCACCGUGUAUGCACGUACAGCCGUAUACGUCACAUGACCGCCCGGCUGCCUGGCUGCCAACCCAACAUCUCUUCUCUCUACCACUAUCCAAUGGCCUUGCACUGCCACUGUGCCAUCUGCUCCACACAGGACACAGAGUGUGAGACCUUCUAAGGGACAAAGCAAUACAAACGGUUUAACGUACAGAUUGGCAAACUAUCAUAUAAUGAGUUAAUCUCACCAUAAUCCAAAAGGAAUUCUGGGAAUAUUGUUUUUUUACUUAUUAUAAAAGCACUGUCAAAGCAUGUUUAUAUUUUAGGUGAGGUUUCAUGUGAAUCAAUUUGUAAAACAGUAAAGAAUGAUCUGUAAGUCUUUGUGAUUAUUUUGUUACUCAUGACUUCGGAAAUAAAAAUAAUAAAAUAAC